AUGGAGACAACAACAGCCACACCAAGGGAACUCAACGAAGACGACCUCGCCUUUCUAGAACGCUACAGCGCGUUUAGGCGUUCCCAGCACGCUGGUGGCGAGGAGCCGUCACAGGACCAGGAACGGACCCGCCUCCGUCAGCACAUCCUCCACCUAUGGACCACCUGCCUGGCUGAGCUCCUCACCAAGGAGCGCUUCUUCGGCCACGUCAAGUUCAUGUCCAUACUCGAAGACAUGGUGAAAGAGGGCCAGCGUCCCGCCAUUCCCGAUUCAUGCAUCCCCUCCUACAAGCAGCUCAUCGAGCGCUGUUGGGCUCAAGUGCCUGAGGAGCGACCGUCGUGCAAGGAGAUCGUGGAGCGUAUCAACGCUAUCAUCCAGGGCGUGUGUCCCGACAUCGCCACCUACGACGCCGACGCCGACGCCACGUUCAAGGCCAAGCUGGAACGCGAGGCCGAGCUCCGACUGCGGCACGACAAGCAGCUCAGGCAGAAGCGACAACAAAAAGUGCGAGCUGCGCAGCGGGUCAACGUCAACGUUCGGGCCGUGGGCGCUGCAGAGCCGAAGACGCAAGGGCUCUUCGCCCAUGUGUGGAACGGCGCCGUGCUGCACGUGCUCACCGAGGAGAAGGUGGAGGCUCUCUUGCGCGCCGUGUAUUCUAUGCUGCGGCCCGGCGGGUCAUACUUCGGUGACUGCGUCGGCACCAGCGCCGAGCCGGGGCAAUGGGAACCCCCGCUGCGCAACCGCACAACUGGGUACCAUCACUCGAGCGAGUCGCUCAAGCAAACGCUGGAACGCAUAGGCUUUGAAGAGGUGGAGGUGCGCGGAGUGAAGCUUGAUCUGCCGGGACUCACAGCCCCGCCGGACCGCUUGUUCCUGUGCUUCUCCGCAAAGAAGCCGCAGUAA